UCUCCUAAACACAUACACACACCCAUUUUCUUUACACAAAACACUAAACAAAAUGGCCCUUUCUUAUUCAGUUGCAUCAACGUGCGCUGCACCAUCCAAUUACCAAAGGCAUACUAAGUUUCCCACAGUAUUAGGGGCUAACAAGUAUUACACCAAUCAAAUAAAUGUGCUUGCUAAUAGAGGGUCACACUAUAAGGUGGCCUCACCUUCUUCUCUCACUGUAAUUAGUAAGAAGUUGGAACCAUCAAAUGUUGUUUUGGUUGAUGGUUUUGAACCUGCGUCCCUCAACCCACCUACAGACUUAAAACGAUGUGACUUUCCUUCUUACUUCAAAUUUGGCGCCUCCACCUCGGCUCUUCAGACCGAGGGACCAGGCACUGAAGGUGGAAGAGGAAAAAGCACGUGGGACUCCAUGAUUCAGGCAGACAAAGGAGGCAAAGGAGUAGAUUCUUACAAUAUGUACUUGGAAGAUAUAAAGCUAUUGAAAGCCAUGGGAAUGAAUUCUUAUCGUUUUUCCAUCGCUUGGCCUAGGAUACUCCCUGAGGGUUCUCAAGAAGAUGGUCCAAUCAAUCAAGAAGGAAUUGAUUUCUACAACAAAUUCAUUGAUGCUUUGAUAGCAGAAGGAAUUGAGCCCGUCAUCACAUUAUUCCACUUCGAUCUUCCUGUUGCUCUUCAAGACAAGUAUCAUGGCUUCAUGAACAGUCAAAUAGUAGAGGACUUUAAGAAGUAUGCUGAUAUUUGUUUUGCCAACUUUGGUGACCGAGUAAAGUUCUGGUCAACAAUUAAUGAACCCUAUGUGUUUGGGUCAUUUGGUUACAAACAGGGUUUGCCUAAUGAUGGUAAGAGUGAUCUUGGCCCAUUUGUCGCCACUCACAAUAUUAUCUUAGCUCAUGCUGCUGCUGCUCAAAUCUACCAUGAAAACUACCAGCAAACGCAAAAAGGCAAAAUUGGAAUUUCACUGCCAUGUAAAUGGUAUGAACCUCACUCAACCAACCCUACAGAUGUGGUUGCUGCCCAGAAACAAUUGGACUUCAUGUUGGGUUGGUACAUGGACCCAUUUGUUAAUGGCGAUUAUCCAGAGUCUAUGAAGGAGUCUAUAAGAGAACUCCCUGAAUUUACCAGCGAGCAAAGGACGAUGUUACAAGAGUCAUGCGACUUCAUUGGUAUCAAUUAUUACACAGCGAGAUUUGGCAAGCAAACUACCAAAGUAGAUUUAAUGAAAGGGACGAUCAGUGUCGAGUACACUUCUGAAUUAGUGAAUGCAGAUGGAACUUUAAUCGGAGAACAAUCGGAAGGACAGGAGGGUAUCUAUGUAAACCCUGCCGGUCUGAGGAAUUUGCUUCUUUACAUUACAGAAAAAUACGAUGAGCCUGAACUUUAUGUAACCGAGAAUGGUGUUCCUGCAAAGCCUACAAUCACAGGUUCUAUUCUGAAUUCAAUCAAGGAAGGAAAAAUUGAAGAGUUGAAAGCUGCACUUUUCGAUGACAAGAGAAUCUCACAUGUCGAAGAUCACCUUACUGCAAUUCGUGAGGCUAACAAACAAGGGGCAGACGUGAGAGGAUACUUUGUAUGGACACUUAUGGAUAAUAUGGAAGUGGGAGAAGGGUAUGAUGUUCGCUUUGGGCUCAACUACACAGAUUAUUAUGACAACCUCAAAAGAUACCCAAAGAAGUCUGCAAAAUGGUUUACUAAUUUCCUCGCGACACCUCCCAAGAAGAACAAACUCUAGAGCUAUUAUGGUGCUGUUAUUUGCAGUUGUCUUGUGCUGGAAUGUUCUUAAUCGUGUGGAUCAUAUAUUCUUUUACGCUGCGUAGAUUAUUUACUGAUUUCCUCACGGUACCACCCAAUAAGAAAGCUAUUUGGUCAUAAACUUGCUAGUGUUUUGUUCUAAACUGAUCUCAAUUGUUUAGAUCUUAUUUACUACCUCUGGUACACCUAAUAUGCAACAUUUGCCAAAAAAAGGAAUUUCACAUUAGAUGCAACUUUCC